ACUAGGGUAUGGUAUGCCGGUGUAUGAGUUCUUCAAGACUAUCAUGUGGCACUGCGGAUCUGAGUACGCACACUACUUGUGGUGCGCAUUCUGCAUUUUGCUAUGCAUCCUGCUCCUGCUUCAAGAACAGGCGAGUCCACUGGCUUUAAGUCACAGGAUGAAGUCCUUGAAAAGUAAUGUGGCUUUUUGUUUUGUUGAGGGUUUUGCCACUAUAAUCGAAAUCAUUAUUGUUCUGUGGGAUUUCGGUGCUCGUUUGGUGACUCGGUCAGAAACGCCAAAUCUUGCUCGGCAGAUGGUGCCGCAACAUGUUGGAGUAUGGGGGAUGGACAGCUUCAAGAGCAAGGCACAUGAUUUUCUAGAGAGUAAGCUAUUAGAUGAUUCAACUUUGGGAUUGUGGGGCACCUCGGGUGUGGGUAAGACCAGAUUCCUUUUUCUCAUGAUUGAGUGUUAUGCCAAUGGUGAUAGUUUGUUUCGCCACAUCUUACCAAUCCAAGAUGGCAGCGUGACUGAUAUGCAACAUUGUUUGGCUAUUCUUUUGAAAUUGGACUGGGAUACUAUGUCUUUGUUUGAAGAGCAUCACCGAGCGAAAAUCAUCUCAGAGUAUCUGAAGCACGACAGCUUUCUAGUUUUGCUAGAUGACGUUCAAGACAAACCGUUAGACUUGGCGUCCUUUGGUUUACCGAUGCCGCUUGGAGGUAGGCGAAAGUUGAUUGUGACAUCGAGGAGCCAGGUUGGCUGUAGCCGCGCGGGGUGCACUGUGGCUAAUACUAUUGAGAUGAAGGGCUUAGAUGAUGAAGAUGCGUGGAACCUUUUCAAGUACAACGCAGGAGUUGAGAUCACCGAAGCUGAUGUUGAAGUUCACAAAAUCGCAAAAGAGAUGGUUUCAGCGUGUGAAGGCAUGCCUAGAGCUAUCAGUGCCAUUGGCUUAGGCAUGGCCGGAUCAACCUUGUGUGGGACAAAUCUGGAUGAUUGGUCGUACGCCUAUGAACUUUUCAAGGCUAAGAAUCUGCCGCCUGAAAGAAUGGAAGAAAUUUGGGCGGUUCUAGUUUAGGUCAAUCUUGUGGUGCUCUUGAAGAAUAGAGUUGGAGGAGUUGGUGGUUGUAUUACAGUCGACAGCAGGUGCCUUACCGCGUGGACGCUUUCCUGGUACCUUAUACAUACAG